UCUCUUGCCAUUUUCUAUCUCACACUGCAAAAGAGGGACGCCCGUCGGAGCUUCUCUCUCUUUGUCUUCGUGCUACAAUGGAGAUUUUCUACUUUCUGGUGUUUGGAGCAUUGUCUGUAGUUGUUGCAGCUCUGGAGCUCAGCAAAUCCAACAAGGAUAGGAUCAAUACGCCCUCCGCUUUCAAUGCUUUCAAGAACAAUUACCUUUUUGUUUACUCUCUUAUGAUGGCUGGGGACUGGUUGCAGGGCCCAUACGUAUACUUCCUUUACAGUCAGUAUGGCUUUGAUAAAGGAGAGAUUGGUCAGCUUUUCAUUGCCGGUUUUGGGUCCUCCAUGUUGUUUGGUACAAUUGUUGGUUCUCUUGCUGACAAACAAGGUCGAAAGAGAGCUUGCAUCACUUAUUGUAUUACGUACGUUCUGAGUUGCAUCACAAAGCAUUCGCCCGAGUACAAGGUUUUAAUGUUGGGCCGUGUUUUGGGUGGUAUUGCCACUUCGCUCCUCUUUUCAGCAUUUGAGUCGUGGCUUGUUGCAGAGCACAAUAAGAGGGGCUUUGAACAGCAAUGGUUGUCGAUUACAUUCUCAAAGGCUAUAUUUCUUGGCAAUGGUCUUAUUGCAAUUCUUGCUGGGUUGUUUGGGAAUGUACUCGUUGAUAGUCUUUCUCUUGGACCAGUGGCACCUUUUGAUGCUGCUGCCUGCUUUCUUGCAAUUGGUAUGGCCGUUAUUAUGUCAUCUUGGACGGAGAACUAUGGAGAUCCAUCAGAAAAUAAGGAUCUGCUCACCCAAUUCAGGGGUGCUGCUGUUGCCAUUGCUUCUGAUGAGAAGAUUGCACUGCUGGGUGCUAUACAGUCUCUAUUUGAAGGUUCAAUGUAUACCUUUGUAUUCCUCUGGACACCUGCACUUAGCCCAAAUAAUGAGGAUAUUCCCCAUGGCUUUAUCUUUGCAACAUUCAUGUUGGCUUCAAUGCUCGGAAGUUCCCUUGCAUCUAGGUUGAUGGCUCGAAACUCGCUAAAAGUUGAGAACUAUAUGCAGAUUGUUUUCGUUGUCUCUUCUGCCGCUCUUGUACUUCCGAUUGUGACCAGUAUCUUGGUAGCUCCAUCAGAUGUGAAAGGUGGAAGCAUCUCUUUUGCAGGCUGUAUCCAGUUGCUUGGCUUCUGUGUUUUUGAGUCCUGCGUUGGUAUAUUUUGGCCUUCCAUAAUGAAGAUGAGAUCCCAAUACAUUCCUGAGGAGGCUAGAAGCACCAUCAUGAACUUCUUCCGCAUACCUCUCAACAUCUUCGUAUGCGUGGUGCUGUACAAUGUUGAUGCUUUCCCCAUCACUGUGAUGUUUGGCAUGUGCUCCAUUUUCCUCUUUGUGGCAUCGAUUUUACAGAGGCGGCUUCUGGCGAUCGUGGAUAAACCAAAGACAGGCGACUGGGCACUGGGCGAAAAGAAUACCGAGACCGAUCCGUUAAACAUCUAAGCAAAUGCAGAGAAGACGGACCACCAGUACUUAAUUUGGGAGGUUAGAACAUGAACUGAACACUUUGAUCCAUCUGUAUACAGCAGCAGCUUCAUGAAUCAAUCUUAAGUAGCUAGCUUGGUUUAAUAUUUGAAGAAUGCAAAACUAUACAAGAAUAGUGGUCUGCUCAUCAUCCAAGGAGAAAGAAGAUGAAGGAAAAGUAGACAAAAUUGUGUUUCAUCAAUUUUUGGGCUUCUUCACAAGUCAUUAAUUAAAGUAGCUUGUUUAGAGAUCUCUUCAGCAAUUGUCGUGGAGAAUAUUCCGAGUUCCAACACUGGAUUUAUCUUAAACACUUGUUAAUCAAAGCUUCCAAAUUUCCAUUACCUA